AUGGGGAAUGGAGCAGAAAGAAGGAAUAGUUGCUCAGACGAGGACAGCUACGUACUUCCACCGGAAGAUUUUUCAGGGUGGUUGAAGGAAGAAAGUGAUAGAAUUGAACGGCAGAGAUUUGAGACAGAGGCACCUGCUACCACUGAUACUCUCAACCUCAGAUUGUUCGUAGGGACAUGGAAUGUAGGAGGGAAGUCGCCACACUGGGGAUUGAACUUGACAGAUUGGCUAGGGACACCUUCACCAGCUGACAUCUAUGUUCUUGGGUUUCAGGAGAUCGUACCCCUUAACGCCGGCAACGUACUCGGCGCAGAGGACAACGGCCCAGCGGCCAAGUGGCUUACCCUCAUCCAGCGAGCUUUAAACAUCAACACAAAUGACCCCCAAUUUCCUCAUUAUCUCACUAACGCCACUAACUCUGAGCUGGAACAGUCACCUCCGGCAUCAUCAACCCAGAAUGACUGCUCAGAAGAAGUCGAACUUAACCAGGAAUCUUCUUUUGAACCAUCUUUAAGUUCGAAUUCGAAUUCAAACUCUAGUGAAGAAGGAUCACCCAGUGCACCCUGCAGGUCAAUGAAGCUCGCUAGUCCAAAGCAACAGCAUCAAUUUUGCUUGGCAGCGAGCAAGCAAAUGGUGGGCAUCUUUCUAUCAGUAUGGGUUCGCUCGGAUUUCAAUCGGUAUAUUAGCAAUUUGAAGGUCUCACGUGUGGGACGAGGACUUAUGGGAUUCCUUGGAAAUAAAGGGUCAAUAGCAAUCAGCAUGACAUUGCACCAGACAACAUUUUGCUUUGUUUGCACUCACUUGGCAUCCGGAGAGAAAGAGGGUGAUGAGGUGAAAAGAAAUUCGGAUGUUAUGGAAAUAUUGAAGAAAACAAAGUUUUCUCAUCCGUGUAGAGUAGCUGGAGAACCAGUUCCCCCUGAGAGCAUUUUGGAUCAUGACAAUGUUAUUUGGCUUGGAGAUUUGAACUAUCGGCUUGCUUCUAAUUAUUGGGACACACACGAGCUACUACAGAAGAACGACUGGCAAGCUCUUCUUGAGAAAGAUCAGUUAAGGAUUGAGCAAAAAGCUGGCCAUGUAUUUAAGGGUUGGGAAGAAGGUGGGAUAUAUUUUGCUCCAACAUACAAAUACGUCGCAAAUUCCGACCAUUACGUCAUCCAGACCUCUUCACCUAAACAGAAGCAACGUACUCCUGCAUGGUGUGACAGAAUAUUGUGGAAAGGCGAAGGACUCAAGCAGAUGUGGUAUGUUCGGGGUGAAUCAAAGUUUUCAGACCACAAACCAGUCUGUUCGCUGUUCUCAGUGCAAGUGAAUGUAGCUAACAAGAACAAUCCCAAACCCGUUUGCUCUAACACCCCUGUAUCUUCAACAAUAGCAGCAUCACUACCACCAUCACGACAGCCUAUUGUUUUGUCAGGUGUGGUCAAAGUUCAGGCAGAAGAGCUGCUGUUGCAUACGAUGGCACAAAGUUGCAUACAAAGUACACCUAUGUUCUCAUCCACAGCCCAAAAAGUAACCUCCCCAAUAGGAGUAUAACUGCUGCAAUUGCCCCAAAGAAAGAAGCGUCCCAUGUGACACUUCCUCAGUGUCUCAGGAAGUUUUAACAGUUUGCAACAAGGUGCAAUGUGGGUUUUGAUGUUCAUCAUGGACCCAACCCAAGUCCUUGCCUUCUUGUUCAUCAACUGUUUUACUAACAAAAAUCGCUGUGGUGUGCAUGGUGGCAACAUGAUGAAAG